AUGAAUAAUGUUAUUCUCUCAAUUUGUGUGUGCGCGUUGCUUUACCGACCAACUGCGUCAGAUCAUGUUGGACCAAUUGGAGAAUUCCUCAGGACAAAUUUAGUGGGUCAACCCGUUAUCCACGAGAAACAGACCUGGGUGUUUGAUCCUGAGGUGGCUAAGCGAAGGCGGAAACAGUUUAUCGCGCUUCACGGUGACAAAGGAGAAAAAUUAAUCGAGAGACUUGGAUUGGGUAUCGAUGGUUAUGAUGAAGAAAGAUUACAGUUCCAAAGGGAGAGGGAUGAAGGACACUUAGGCGGCUUGAACGCUUUUCUACCUUAA